CUCGAACGAAGGAGUGUUCAGCUUAGUUGACUUCAUACUGUAGUGAAGAAAUUUGGACGACGCAGUGUAACCUCAACAUUAUCAGGUUUUAUCUAUGACAGGACCGUCAAAAUGUCCUCUUCAAUGACGGGAAAGACGGUGACGUCAUGGCGCAACUCGCGUUCUAUUUUGACCGCCUUUGCGGGGCUCUGCAUCAUCGUGACAAUCUAUUUUCAGCAUCAGGAUAGUCUAUCGCCCAUACCCUCGCCAACACUUCAGAAAAUGAAGAACAGUCCUGCAGCUGAGAAAAAACAAGAAUACAGAGAGGAGACCGAGGUGUCAACGGACUUCUGCAGCCGUCCACGACAGAAAUACGUCUUCAUCGCACCGCACAAAGUCGGGGCCUCAACUAGCUGUCCGGUUUUCAUGCGAUACGCCAUCAGGCACAGGCUUGCUGUGCUUAUUCCAACCAAGGGUAACGUUCUCUCUUGGGGCGUCUCUCCCGUCGAAGAAGACUACAUCCACACACCUGAUGAACAGUAUGAUGCACUAUUGAACCACUUUACGUACAAUAAAACCUGGCUACGAUCCAAGUUCCCAGCCGACACAGCCUACAUAUCUAUUAUACGAAAUCCAAGCGAGCAAUUGAGGUCCACCAUGAACUAUUACUACCUUCCAAAACUUCUGAAAAUCAAGUCUAAAAACCCGCUCAACACGUUCUUGGAGAACCCAUGGAGGUACAAGAACCGGUCCGAGGUUCACGUUGCCUACUGUAAUGUAACCUGGGACCCAAGUCGGAACUUCAUGUCCUUUGACUUGGGAUAUCCUGCCGAGGGAGCGGAAGACAAGGAGCGAGCUCGAAGAUACAUCCAUGAACUAGAAGCCGACUUCACCCUCAUCAUGCUGCUGGACUACGUGGACGAGUCUUACGUUCUCCUCAAACGUCUCAUGUGUUGGGAACUUCAAGACGUCCUCUACAAGGCAAAUAAUGUUCGAAAUUACACGUUUAAGUCUUUUGUUCCCUCUGAAAAAGAGCUCGCGGACCUGCGGCGCUGGAAAGCCGUGGACUACCUACUGUAUGACACGUUCAACAAGUCUUUGUGGCGGAAGAUCGCAGCACAGGGUCCUGACUUCUUUGAGGAAGUGCGACAUUUUAAGGACCUCAAUGAGCACAUUAACACGUAUUGUGGUGAACGACAGAGGGAGGAACCUAACCUUGCAGUGAAAGCAUCCAAAUGGAAUUCGCAGUUUGAAGUCGACGCAGAGUUUUGCAGUGCACUGCAUUCAGUAGUAAGGGAAUUUUUGAUUCCGAUGCAAAAAGGACCACAGGGGGACCGUUUUAAGCUGAUGACCGAAAAACAAAACAUCAAGGCAGUCAUCGAUGGACAACCAACUUUCAAAUACGAAACGGAGAAAAAAAGGUAUCUCCAUGAGGUCGAAGCCGCCAGAAAGUCCAAACGAAUGAAACGAAAGAAACUGAAAAAUCAACUAAAACGAACAGCAAAGAGUACGACGAACUCUUUCAACGAACAGCGAACAGAGGGAUAUACCUAUGUGUGGACAGCAGAACCCAAGCAGUUGUGA